AAUUUAUUUAAGUGAAACCUUUUAAAUAUAAAAUAAAUUCUUGUUUAUGUUUUCCACAUGUUUUCACCUAGUGUGAGUGUAAUUAAAAUUUUAAAUUAAUUGGAUACAGAUCACUGAUUUUUAAAAGUUAAUAUUGGUGACUUUGUGUAACUUUUAAAUAAAGAUUAAAGACUUAAGCAAAAAAAAUUAAAAUGUUGACGACACAUCAUUUACCACAUCUGCAUCAUCGUGGCAGUACGGCUGUAGAAUUGGAUAAAAUAACAAAUUUAAAUACGCUGAUUGUAGAAAUUAAUAGUCAUGUGGCGUUAUUUCGUGAUCUUUUAAUACACGUUGGCCAAUCUAAAGACUGUCCAGAAUUACGUGAAAAAAUACGCAAAUUGCGUCGUACUUGUGUAGAGGCCUUCAAGCGAACUGAACAGAUUUUAAUGCCACAAGUAAAAAAUGCUACUGCCGAUGGCGUUCUUACAGACAAUCCCCAUCUUGUAUUGUUGUUUUACAUGGCACAAUUGUUUUUACGCGAAUUAGUGAAAAGCUAUCGUCUUAUACAAGUGGUGCCAAUGGACAUGUCAGGAUAUUAUGAAAAUCGAGCUGGUCCCUCUAAUUUGGGCAAUGUUAUAAGUCAAAUAUUACUAUGUAAACAAAUAACACCAGAUUUUAAUCAAGAGGAAUUAUGUAGCAUUACAAAAGACUCCCAGGACAUAGCGAUGUUGCUGUCGGAAAUGCAAGAGUUCAUGCCACAGCAUGAGACAUACCUGGAACGUCACACUGCUCUGGACAACAAUGGACCAUGGGCAAAUAAAGGUCGUAAUAGUUAUAUUUGUAAAAAUAUGAGUUUACUUUGUUGCGUCUCUCGACCAAAUUAUCUCUGAAAGUAAAUAAUAUUGUUUUAUAUUUUAUAAUGUUAUAUUAUUAUUAAUAAUGUCUAUAAAAGUUAACUCUUUUUUAAA